AUGAUGGGCUCCGUGCUCCCGGCUGAGGCCCUGGUGCUCAAGACAGGGCUGAAGGCGCCGGGGCUGGCGCUGGCAGAGGUCAUCACCUCCGACAUCCUGCACAGCUUCCUGUACGGCCGCUGGCGCAACGUGCUGGGCGAGCAGCUCUUCGAAGACAAGAGCCACCACGCCAGCCCCAAGACAGCCUUCACCGCCGAGGUCCUGGCGCAGUCCUUCUCGGGCGAGGUUCAGAAGCUGUCCAGCCUGGUGCUGCCGGCCGAGGUGAUCAUCGCGCAGAGCUCCAUCCCCGGCGAGGGCCUCGGCAUCUUCUCCAAGACGUGGAUCAAGGCGGGCACAGAGAUGGGCCCCUUCACCGGCCGCGUCAUCGCCCCGGAGCACGUGGACAUCUGCAAGAACAACAACCUCAUGUGGGAGGUGUUCAACGAGGAUGGCACGGUGCGCUACUUCAUCGACGCCAGCCAGGAGGACCACCGAAGCUGGAUGACCUACAUCAAGUGCGCACGUAACGAACAAGAGCAGAACCUGGAGGUGGUCCAGAUCGGCACCAGCAUCUUCUACAAAGCCGCUGAGAUGAUCCCUCCAGACCAGGAGCUGCUGGUGUGGUAUGGAAACUCACACAACACCUUCCUGGGGAUCCCUGGUGUGCCCGGGCUGGGGGAGGAGCAGAAAAAGAACAAGCAUGAGGACUUCCACCCGGCGGACCCGGCGGCUGGCACCUCGGGCCGCAUGCGCUGCGUCAUCUGCCACCGCGGCUUCAACUCGCGCAGCAACCUGCGCUCGCACAUGCGCAUCCACACGCUGGACAAGCCCUUCGUGUGCCGCUUCUGCAACCGCCGCUUCAGCCAGUCGUCCACGUUGCGCAACCACGUGCGCCUGCACACGGGCGAACGCCCCUACAAGUGCCAGGUGUGCCAGAGCGCCUACUCGCAGCUGGCCGGCCUGCGCGCCCACCAGAAGAGCGCGCGCCACCGGCCGCCCAGCGCCGCGCUGCAGGCCCACUCGCCCGCGCUGCCCGCGCCGCACGCGCACGCGCCCGCGCUCGCCGCCGCCGCCGCCGCCGCCGCCGCGCACCACCUGCCGGCCAUGGUGCUGUGA